AUGACGAAGGGGGUACAGUAUCUAGUGGGGACGAAGGGGGUACAGUAUCUAGUGGGGACGAAGGGGGUACAGUAUCUAGUGGGGACGAAGGGGGCUCAGUAUCUAGUGGGGACGAAGGGGGUACAGUAUCUAGUGGGGAUGACGAAGUGGGUACAGUAUCUAGUGGGGACGAAGGGGGCACAGUAUCUAGUGGGGACGAAGGGGGCUCGGUAUCUAGUGGGGACGAAGGGGGCUUGGUAUCUAGUGGGGACGAAGGGGGCUCAGUAUCUAGUGGGGAUGAAGGGGGUACAUGGGGACGAAGGGGCUCAGUAUCUAGUGGGGACGAAGGGGGCUCAGUAUCUAGUGGGGACGAAGGGGGCUCGGUAUCUAGUGGGGACGAAGGGGGCUCAGUAUCUAGUGGGGACGAAGGGGGUACAGUAUCUAGUGGGGACGAAGGGGGUACAGUAUCUAGUGGGGACGAAGGGGGUACAGUAUCUAGUGGGGACGAAGGGGGUACAGUAUCUAGUGGGGACGAAGGGGGGUACAGUAUCUAGUGGGGACGAAGGGGGUACAGUAUCUAGUGGGGACGAAGGGGGUACAGUAUCUAGUGGGGACGAAGGGGUACAGUAUCUAGUGGGGACAACGAAGGGGGUACAGUAUCUAGUGGGGACGAAGGGGGCACAGUAUCUAGUGGGGACGAAGGGGGCACAGUAUCUAGUGGGGACGAAGGGGGUACAGUAUCUAGUGGGGACGAAGGGGGUACAGUAUCUAGUGGGGACGAAGGGGGUACAGUAUCUAGUGGGGACGAAGGGGGUACAGUAUCUAGUGGGGACGAAGGGGGUACAGUAUCUAGUGGGGACGAAGGGGGCACAGUAUCUAGUGGGCACAAUAUCUAGUGAGGAUGAAGGUGGCACAGUAUCUAGUGGGGACGAAGGGGGCACAGUAUCUAGUGGGGACGAAGGGGGUACAGUAUCUAGUGGGGACGAAGGGGGUACAGUAUCUAGUGGGGGAAGGGGGUACAGUAUCUAG